GGAGCUGCCCGAGAAAGCAUACACACGCAGUUCUAUGCGGUGUGUUCGACGCACAGGACAAAAGUACGUAUGGAAAGGGUAACUUCUCCUAAGGGGAGUGUCACUAGAGUGCCCGCGGCACCGAUUAAGGACCCUCGAUAGUAGGAGUGUACAGGAUCUGAAGUUUGCGAUCGUUAUUCUUCUUUCUCAAAAGAUAAAAGGGAUGGAAACGAUAAAGACACAAAAUUACGGAAACAAAACCGUAUAAAAUUUGAACGAUAGGCAUGCAAGAGGAAUUUGAUCAUGUAUAGUCCAUAUACACGUUUGCUAUAGUAAUAAGUUUGCAGUUAUUGAUUACGUGUCGGUAUACGUUGAUCCGCACAUUCCGCGUGUAACUACGUAUAAGUUGCAUCAGCAGAGAUCCAACUUGAGUGAAACAGUACAUUACUACCAAGUGUGGUUCGACACCCUUCAACCAAUUAAACGAAACAAGGAUCUCAAAGGAAAGACAAUUAACGUUGCAGUGAGAAAUGGCUGAGAAGGAAAAUUCAGAUUUAGCAUUAGAUAGCAUUUAUACUUCUCAAAAGAAUGGAAGCGAUGAAACAGGCAAUGGUUCUAAAUGUAAUCCUUUUAAAACUAUUUUGAAAGCAAUGCAUCAUGCCGGAAAAGAGCCGUUCCCACCAAUUUAUCAAGAUUCUCACGAGGAUGGUAAAAAGUAUGAAUUAGUUUCGAAAUCUCAGUUUAAGAAAGUGCAAAAAAUAUGGGUAAGAGAACAAUAUAAAAAUGAAGAAAAGCAGAAAAAGUUGUUGAAAGACGAGGAAAACAGAUUGAAGAAUCUGGAAGAGGCUAAAACAGUUGUAAUUAAAGAAGAUGUUACUUUAGCAGCUGCGAAACGUAUAAAAAUUAAAGAAAGCGUAAAAUACAGAGGUGAACGUGUAAAACUUUUCGGAUGGGUGCAUAGACUUAGACGCCAAGGCAAGGCUUUAAUGUUUAUUACAUUAAGAGAUGGAACUGGUUUUCUGCAAUGCGUGUUUAAUGAUAUUUUAUGUCAAACUUACGAGGCUUUGACAUUAUCUACAGAAGCAUCUAUCGAAGUGUUUGGAACAUUGAACAUUGUGCCAGAAGGCAAAAAUGCUCCAAAUGGACACGAAUUACACGUCGACUAUUGGAGACUGAUAGGUUCGUCUCCUCCUGGAGGUGCAGAUUCUAUUUUAAACGAAGAAGCUCAUCCAGAUGUGCAGUUAGACAAUAGACAUAUGAUGAUACGUGGUGAAAAUACAUCUCGUAUAUUAAUGGUAAGAUCAGUCUUGAUGCAGGCAUUUAGGGAUCAUUAUAAGGAAAGGGGUUAUUUCGAAGUGACACCGCCGACGUUAGUACAGACACAGGUAGAAGGUGGAUCUACAUUAUUUAAAUUGGAUUAUUUUGGAGAAGAGGCAUUUCUAACUCAAAGUUCACAACUAUACCUUGAAACUUGUCUUCCCGCAAUGGGUGAUGUUUAUUGUAUCGCCCAAUCUUACAGAGCAGAACAAUCUAGGACCAGAAGACACUUGGCAGAAUUCACUCAUAUAGAAGCGGAGUGUCCAUUCAUCACGUUUGAAGAAUUGCUCGAUCGAAUAGAAGAUUUGGUAUGCGAUGUCGUGGAUCGUGUCUUAAACUCGUCCAUCGGUCACGUCGUGAGGGAACUAAACCCGGAUUUUAAAGAGCCAAAGAGGCCGUUUAAAAGAUUAGAUUACAGCGAAGCAAUCGAAUAUCUUCGAGCUAAUGGUAUAACCAAAGAAGAUGGAACAUUUUAUGAAUUUGGGGAGGAUAUACCUGAAAUGCCAGAGAGAAAAAUGACCGACGCGAUGAAUGAACCGAUAAUGCUCUGCAGAUUUCCCUCGGAAAUAAAAUCAUUUUAUAUGGCACGUUGCGCAGAGGAUAAACGCCUUACAGAAUCGGUAGAUUUGCUGUUACCGAAUGUUGGUGAAAUAACUGGCGGAUCGAUGCGUAUUUGGGAUUACGAUGAACUGUCUGAGGGUUAUUCUCGCGAAAACAUCGAUGCAAAGCCCUAUUAUUGGUAUUCGGACCAGCGGAAAUAUGGAAGUUGUCCUCAUGGUGGAUACGGAUUAGGUCUUGAAAGAUUCCUUUGUUGGCUUUUAAAUCGGUACCACGUACGCGAGGCCUGCCUUUAUCCACGUUUCUUGGAACGUUGUCGUCCUUAGACGGUUUACGAAUCGCUAAUUUUUCGCAUGCACACGUUUAUAAGAGAAAGUCUACGAUUCACGAACUCGAGGAAGAUUCCGCGUAUUUAAUCUAUUAUCGGAGAAUGUAGAUACAUUCGAUUGCGAAAUCCAUCGAAAUUGAAAUUUAUACGAUUGCUUUGCAAAAUGUCGAAUUAGAAGUGUAAAAAGCAGUUAUGUUACGACUAUCGUGUCUGAAUUGUAUGAUGGUGUAACGAUAACUAG